AGGAAGAGGUUUCGCAAAAGAGAGAAAAGUCUGUUGACAGCAGAAAUCACACCCAGGACACUGAAACAUGUCGACACAUGUACAGUCUUAUUAAAUCCGUCUAGCAUCACAAGAGGCUAUCUGGAUUUAGCGGGAGCUCGCAAGGUAUGGAAUAUGGCAGCUACUGAAACGCAGUUUAUGUUAAGCGUCGGAUUAAUCGAGAAAGAUGUGAAUGGAGACACACUGUGGGUGUGGUGCUUUCCCUCUGUGGGCGCAGACCUGAGGAAAGUCCUGCUCAGCAAGUGCUGUCUGACACAGGACGGCCGGGAUUUCCACACCUUUGUGUUUGGUCAGUUCUGUCGCACCUGGUACUACAUCACAACAGUGGAGGUGCAGGAACCUACAGCACUAAACAAGGUCACUCAUUUUUCAAUAGUUGUUACAGCAAAAGACUUCAACCCUGAGAAGUAUGCUGCGCUUAGUAGAAUACUCUGCAGGAUGUACAUCAAACAUGGCAGUCCAGUGAAGAUGAUGGAGGCGUAUGUCACUGUCCUCACUAAAGGAAUUUGCCAGAGUGAUGAAAACGGCUCAUUUCUAAUUAAGGACUAUGAUGUUCGGAAAGCGUACUUGGCUGGUUCAGUCAAAGAUGUGGUGUCUCAGUUUGGUAUGGAGACCAUCAUCCUGUAUACCGCUCUCAUGCUGAAGAAGAGAAUCAUCGUCCAUCACCCUCGGAUUGAAGCGUUGUUGGAGUUUACAAGAGUUCUGCCGACUCUGACCUGGCACAGGAAAGACUGGUCCAUCCUGCACCCUUAUGUGCACCUCACUGAUACUGAAAUAGAGGAUCUCAAGAAGUGCCCCGGAUAUGUAGCAGGUUUUGUAGAUCCGGAAGUGAGCAACAGAUCGGAUUUGUUUGAUGUGUAUGUGAACCUCCCAGACAGUGUCAUCACAGUUUCCCAGACUGCCAAAGAGUCCAUGGCUAUGGGGAAGUUGCACAAGGACAUCGGCCACCUUAUUGUCCAGUCUGCAGAGGAUGCUGAGAGGUCAGAUAGUCAGGUCAUUAAGGAUAUUUCUGUCAAGACAAAAGAGAUCCUUGCCAACUUGGUGGCCCUGGCUGACAAAUGUGAAGACUCUAAAAUCACACUGGAAGGUUUAAAGCAGCAUAAUUUCCCUCCGGCAACAGAGAACUUCCUCUUUCAUUUGGCAGCUGCCGAGCAGCUCUUACGGAUAUAAACCUGUUUUCAGACAUAUGUUUGUAUAAUUACUGUUGUCUGAAAAGCUUGUGAACCCUCUCCCUGUUAUCAUGAGAGGGUGCACAAGACACUUUCUCACAGUGAUCUUCAUGUGAGGUAGGAAUCUUAUUCCUUUUGUUCUCCAUUUGAGCUCCAUUUUGUCAUGAAAGGUAAAAAAAAAAAAAAAAAACAUCAGUGAGCCGCACUGGCUGACAUGUUGCUUCAUUACAUGGGCACUUUGGUUAAUAUUGAGUCAGUUCUGCUGCCAUAAAUACUCACUACAGAAUCAAAUCUGUAUUAAUCCUCAGCUGAAAAUAGUGACCAGCAACUGCACUGUUCAACCCUUCUUGAGAUUACGUUAGUUAAAAAUUACAGUGCCCAACUGUUUUUAGAAAUU